AUGGAAUUUAUUGAACAAUCAGAAAAAUUUUCUGAUUCAUUUGAGCCUAUUUCUGGAUCUUGCAACAUACGAUUGGAUGAAUUAAACGAUACUAAUUUGCUAAUCGAUGAAGUUAUUGAUCUUUCAAACCCGGCCUUUGUUGGCAAUAACAAUUCGUUUAUCGAAAGUCAAAGUAUGGUAUCAACUAAUAGCACUCAACGAGUUGGUGCAGGAAAUCUUAAUUACAAUCCAGCAGAUUUGCAUUAG